GACGCCGCUUCCGCCCGGCGCCAAGAUGGCGGCGCCCUUUGUCUGCUCGGUGUCACGGUGAGGGCCGCGAGCUGCGGGUGAGGCCCCGCCGGGCCCGGCAUGGCAGGAUCCGUUGCUGGAAAUGAGGACAGAGCCCUGUGGGCAGAGGCAGCGAGGGUUGGGGCCGCGCUGUUCCCCGAGCUGACGCACGAGGCGGGAGACGCCGGUGGGAUGGCUGCGUAGAGACUGACCUGAACACCUGGAAAAGGGAAAUCUCUGGAGGAGAGACUCAACCCUCUGGCCCUCGAUCCUCUGGGUAUCUCUGCUCCCUGCAGCACAGGGCCAUGGAUUUCCCUCAGCACAGCCAGCAGGUGCUGGAGCAGCUGAACCAGCAGCGACAGCUGGGGCUGCUCUGCGACUGCACCUUCGUGGUGGACGGCAUCGACUUCAAGGCGCACAAGGCCGUGCUGGCCGCCUGCAGCGAUUAUUUCCGCAUGCUCUUCGUGGACCAGAAGGACGUGGUGCACCUGGACAUCAGCAACGCUGCAGGCCUGGGCCAGGUUCUGGAGUUCAUGUACACGGCUAAGCUGAGCCUGAGCCCUGACAACGUGGAGGAUGUGUUGGCCGUGGCAGGUUUCCUGCAGAUGCAGGAGAUUGUCAGUGCUUGCAACGCACUCAAAUCUCUCUCUGUGCCCCCAGAAAAUCCCCAGCAGCCCCCCGAGAUCGAAGCUGACAAGGUCCCAGCUGAUGGCAAGACAUCGGUGGUGGCAGAAGCUCUGGGGGAGCCUGACAAAGCCAAAGCAGCCGCUCCUGAUAGCGAGGACAAGGAGGAGAAGCCGGAGGCCGCGGCACAGCCCGAGGUGCCUGUGGAGCAUCCGGCUGGCCAGGAGGGUGAGCCAGCGAGGGGUGACAGCCUGGCCCCUGCUGUCACCCCCAGCCCUCCCUGCCCUGACGCUGCAGCGCUCGCAGGGACGGGCACUGCCAUCCACGAGGAUCCCGGGCAGCCAUCGGAGAGCGCCGUGGGCAGCGACAGCCUGGCAGAGAUGAAACUGGAAAGGAAGGAGGAAGAUGGGGAGAUGAUAGUGGAGGAGGAAGAUGAGGGUAAAAUGCCCAAGGAGGAGCCUCCCCAGCUGGAGAAUGGGGAAAACGCUGAGGAUAACGAGUCGGGCAGCGCGGAUUCGGGCCAGGAGAACUCGGGGGAGCCGCGCCUGCUGCGCUCCGGCACCUACAGCGACCGCACCGAGUCCAAGGCCUACGGCUCCGUCACACACAAGUGUGAGGACUGCGGGAAGGAGUUCACCCACACCGGGAACUUCAAGCGGCACAUCCGGAUCCACACCGGAGAGAAGCCCUUCUCCUGCAGGGAGUGCAACAAGGCCUUCUCCGACCCAGCUGCCUGCAAGGCCCACGAGAAGACACACAGCCCGCUGAAGCCGUACGGCUGCGAGGAGUGCGGGAAGAGCUACCGGCUCAUCAGCCUGCUGAACCUGCACAAGAAGCGGCACACGGGCGAGGCGCGCUACCGCUGCGAGGACUGCGGCAAGCUCUUCACCACCUCGGGCAACCUGAAGCGGCACCAGCUGGUGCACAGCGGCGAGAAGCCCUACCAGUGCGACUACUGCGGGCGCUCCUUCUCCGACCCCACCUCCAAGAUGCGCCACCUGGAGACCCACGACACCGACAAGGAGCACAAGUGUCCCCACUGCGACAAGAAGUUCAACCAGGUGGGGAAUUUGAAGGCUCACCUGAAGAUCCACAUCGCAGAUGGGCCCCUGAAGUGCCGGGAGUGCGGGAAGCAGUUCACCACGUCAGGUAACCUGAAGCGGCACCUGCGGAUCCACAGCGGGGAGAAGCCGUACGUGUGCGUGCACUGCCAGCGCCAGUUCGCCGACCCCGGCGCUCUGCAGCGCCACGUCCGCAUCCACACCGGAGAGAAGCCGUGCCAGUGCUUGAUCUGCGGCAAAGCCUUCACCCAGGCGAGCUCCCUCAUCGCCCACGUGCGCCAGCACACCGGGGAGAAGCCCUACGUGUGCGAGCGCUGUGGGAAGAGGUUCGUCCAGUCGAGCCAGCUGGCCAACCACAUCCGUCACCACGACAACAUCCGGCCCCACAAAUGCACCGUCUGCAACAAAGCCUUCGUCAACGUGGGCGACCUGUCCAAGCACAUCAUCAUCCACACAGGGGAGAAGCCCUUCCUGUGUGACAAGUGCGGCCGUGGCUUCAACCGCGUGGACAACCUGCGCUCCCACGUCAAGACCGUGCACCAGGGCAAGGCUGGCAUCAAAAUCCUGGAGCCCGAGGAGGGCGACGAGGUCAACAUCGUCACGGUGGCGUCCGAUGACAUGGUGACAUUGGCCACCGAGGCGCUGGCUGCCACCGCUGUCACGCAGCUCACGGUGGUGCCCGUGGCAGCCGCAGUGACAGCGGACGAGACCGAAGCCCUUAAAGCUGAGAUCACCAAAGCGGUGAAGCAGGUGCAGGAGGCAGACCCCAACACGCAGAUCCUUUACGCCUGCGAUUCCUGCGGGGAGAAGUUCCUGGACGCCAGCAGCCUGGCGCAGCACGUGCGCAUCCACACGGCCCAGGCGCUCGUCAUGUUCCAGGCGGAGCCCGACUUCUACCAGCCCUACGGCGCCGCGGGCUGGCCGGCAGAGCAGGUCAUCCCCGCCGGGGAGCUCCUGUUCCGGCCCCGCGACGGCCCCGAGCCGCCCCCGGCCGCCCCCCCGGCCCCCGAGGGGCCGCCCCCGGCCCCCGAGUGACCCCGCCCCCGCCACGCCUUUAUUUAAGAGACAGCUCGGAAAUGGUGUAAAAAGUGUAUUUCUGGAAGGAAAGAGAUGGAAUAAAAUGCAGUAUUUUGUAAGGGUUGGUGCUCAGGGAGGGGGCUGCGGCUUCUCUCCCCCUCAGGGGGUGUUUUGGGUGCCGUGGGGGGCACUGGAACACUCCAGUCCCUGCUGAGAGUGUGGUGUGGAUGGAGAGCAGGGAUUGAUGAGAUGAUAAAGGAUGAAAACGGUGGGUUAAGGGUUUCAACCCUACCCAGAACAGCAGAUGGGGAUUUUUGGGGUAAAGCCCCAAAAGACCCUCCCAUUCUGACCCCCACUGAGGGAGGGUGUGGAGGCCGGGGCACUGCCCCUGUUUGGGGGUAAAAGGAAGGAAAAAGGGGCUGC